AUGCUUGCAAUAUGGCUCCAAGAUAAUAAAACAAACAAAURGAGCAAUGGAUUAAGAUUCGUACAGUUAAUGAAAAAUCGUGCUUACCACCAUGAUACAAAACAUUCACCACAUGAAGCAAUGAUUGAGUCAAUACAGAUCCUUUCUAACGACGACGAAAAUAAAGAAGUGAAUUGUGAAAUAGGAGAAAAUGAUGAAGAUAAAAUAAUUGAAAAACAAACAAAAACAAUAAAAACACCAAUUAACCAAAACAAGAAAGAGCCAUUAAAUGAUCUGAAAAUUCAAGCCAAAAAAAUGACGGAAAUAUUCGAAAAACGAUUUUGCCAAGGAAAUAUUGGGAAGUCAGUUAGAAUUAAAAUCCCUGAUGUAGAUAGAGCACGGAGUGAUCUUAGAUGUGUUAUUGGAGUGAUUAUGUCAAUGAAAGAUAACUUAUACGAAAACGGUACGAUUGAAGGAAAACUGCAACCAGUGUAUAGCAGAAACGAGUUUACGAUUUGUAAAGAAAAAUUUGUACAAAUCGAAGACGAACCGGCAAAUUCAAUAUCAUUGCGAGAAGCAGCCCGCCCCUUUUCUUAUUUAGGAGGACAGUCAGUAUUAGUUGACAAUACAUCGACGCACACACACUGCGAGAAACCGUUCGGGUGCGAUGCGUGUAACAAAUCGUUUUCUACAAGCUCCAAUUUGGAAAUACAUAACGUACGCACGUGGCAUUCUGAUCGGUUUGAUCGAAGAUCUAAGAUCCAAGAAUCAUAUUGA